GCAGUGUCAACGAGCCCCCAAACGGUCCCGCCUCAUUUGCCCCAGGGUGUGUGCCUCGCAAGUCCCUGCCUGGUGAACCGUCGCCAGCUUCGGCGCACGGGAGAGGCGUUGGCGGGUCCGACCCCCGGGGUCCGCGGCCAGGCCGGACGCCGGGAGGCUGCCGGGCCAGGCUCGAGCGCAGCCCGGGCCGGGCGCGCCCCGCGGGCUCCGGGCACACGCCCCUCACCUGGGCGAGGCAGGGCGCGCAGGCGCUCAGUGCCCGGGUCGCGGCGGGAGCCUCAGCCCCGCGCCCGCCGGAGUUGGACAGUUCCGGGGCCGCGCCGAGCUGUCGCCGGCGCCGCAGCCGCCGCUGGCGCCGCCACCGCCCGGGCUGCCGCAGACCGCGGGAGAGCGUCUGCGCGAAGCCCCAGCGCAGCCCCGGCGGGACCGCCGCCGCCGCGCGAACGCGAGCAACAGCUUCCCGGCUGGAGGAGCCACUGCCCCACGCGCCGGCGGCCCGCGAGCCGAGAUGUUCUGCAUUUCAACCUCAUCAGAGAUUAAAUUGAUGUUUAUGGGCUAAUCUGGAUAGCGAAAAACAGUUUGUUUCACUACAUCUGUAAGAAAAUAUGUUCAAAUUCCCACUGGCUGACUUAUAAAGAGGCUUUUGGAAUACAACCCAAUGUAUGAAGUAUUCCUUAAGCCCUGACAACUACCCUGAAGAUGGAAUUAUGAAUAUGGCAACUUUUCUACGGGGCUUUGAAGAUAAGGGAAUAAAGAACGACAGACCUGAGGACCAGCUGAGUAAAGAGAAAAAGAAAAUUCUGUUCUCCUUCUGUGAGGUGUGCAACAUCCAGCUAAACUCUGCAGCCCAGGCCCAAGUCCAUUACAAUGGCAAAUCUCACCGCAAACGAGUCAAGCAGCUGAGUGAUGGACAGCCUCCGCCCCCAGCCCAGGGCUCCGGGCCACCACUGGCCAGCCCCAGCACUUACACCAGCACAGGCAGUACAUGCCACUCUACUACCCUUCCUGCUCUUGUGCGCACACCUACCCUGAUGAUGCAGCCUUCACUGGAUAUCAAACCAUUUAUGUCUUUUCCAGUAGACAGUAAUUCUGCUGCUGUUGGGCUGUUUCCAAAUUUUAACACAAAAAGAAGAGGCUUAUUUGGGACCAAUAAAUUCUGCCAGAUGGAUCCUGUGCAAAAAGCAGUCAUUAACCACACAUUUGGAGUGUCCAUUCCCCCAAAGAAGAAACAAGUUAUUUCUUGUAAUGUCUGUCAGCUUCGCUUUAACUCGGAUAGCCAGGCCGAGGCCCACUACAAAGGAAGUAAACAUGCCAAGAAGGUCAAAGCACUAGAGGCAACGAAAAAUAAACCCAAAAUGGUUUCUUCCAAGGACAGCGCAAAGGCUAAUCCCAGCUGCUCCAUCACUCCAAUCACAGGCAACAACUCUGACAAAUCAGAAGAUAAAGGGAAGUUGAAAGUCAGCAGUUCCAGUCAGGCAUCAAGCUCUGAAGGUGGCUCAUUUCUCCCCAAACCUGGUACAACACCCCUGCCACCCGGAGCAGCCACUUCUCCCUCCAAGAGCACAAACGGAGCUCCUGGUACUGUUUCUGAAUCAGAAGAAGAAAAAGCCAAAAAAUUACUUUAUUGUUCACUAUGCAAAGUGGCUGUGAACUCCCUGUCACAGCUAGAGGCACACAACACAGGAUCUAAACACAAGACCAUGGUUGAAGCUCGUAAUGGGGCUGGUCCAAUUAAGUCCUAUCCUAGACCUGGAUCAAGAUUAAAGAUGCAGAAUGGCACUAAGGGGUCAGGACUACAGAACAAGACAUUUCAUUGUGAAAUCUGUGAUGUUCACGUUAAUUCAGAAAUUCAGCUCAAACAGCACAUUUCUAGCAGAAGGCAUAAGGAUCGAGUUGCAGGGAAACCACUGAAGCCGAAGUACAGCCCUUACAAUAAACUCCAGCGGAGCCCAAGCAUUUUAGCAGCAAAACUUGCAUUCCAGAAGGAUAUGAUGAAGCCUUUGGCCCCGGCCUUCCUGUCCUCGCCCCUGGCAGCGGCGGCGGCAGUGUCCUCCGCGCUGUCACUGCCACCCCGGCCGUCGGCCUCGCUCUUCCAGGCUCCAGCCAUCCCUCCUGCUCUGCUGAGGCCCGGCCACGGCCCCAUCCGCGCCACUCCCGCCUCCAUCCUCUUCGCCCCGUACUAAUGUCUGCAAGCCCCCAGACGGUUGAGGCCAGUAGGAAAGUAGAGCAGGAAAGCCAAAAGGAUUCAGCAGUUUGAGCAUUUGGUGUUGCAGUGACCCACCCAACUGCAAAAUGCAGGGUACCACCUGAGCCCCAACUCCAAAGAGUAAGUCGCUAGAUUCGAGAGUGCUUUUUGGGGCCGCUCCUAUAAUUUCAGAAUCUGAGCAAGCAGAAGCUUUAUCUCCCUAGUCCCUCCCCCUGCCCUACCCCAUACAAUUUGUGUAUCUGAGAUAUUUAGUUUCUUGCAAAUGUAUUGGUCAGAAAAAAAAUAUAUAUAGAUACAUAUAUAUCAUUUUCUGACUAUUUUUCCGUGGGUGUGAUCUGGCUUAGAAACAAUAUGGAAUAUCUUCCUGACAGACUUGAAAACUAGGGUCUUCCUCACACGUCUGUAAAUAAUCCUGGAAUCCAACUGGGCACAUUCUAGUGUGGAACAAAAAUAGAUGAACACAAGUGCUUACUUGUGGAUACCAUCUUACCAACGGAUCACAGCGUUUUCUUUUUGGUGUACUAUUGUUGACAGGGAUUGUGUACUGUUUUAGACCCAAGUACUGUUGUAUCCUGUGUAGUACUAGAUCUGUAUCUCUUGUCUGAAUUAAACAUUUUUAGUUGCUGUGUAAAUGUUAGGAAGCAAAGUAGCUUUGAAUUUUCUCUUUAAGAGAACAAAAGAUAACGUAUUUUCUUUAUUUUACAUUUUAUUUGGUGAUAUUUAAACGAAAUAGAAAGCCAUAUAACAUAGCUCUAAUUACUACCUGUCUGCUAUUUUUGUUUAACUUAUUUUGUAGCUUCCUCACCAGUUUGAGUUGCUAAGCAAAUGUAUACAAACAGAAAAAGAGCUUCCUAAAUUGCACAUUUUUGCACCUCUUGUGUGUUCAGCAAGAAGACAAUGAAUCCAUGUAUUUCUACAUCAUUAUCUUCUUCAUUUUUAAUGUGUUUUCAUUUGUAAUGAUGCUACAUAAUUUUGUGGCUCCCUAAUGCAAUAAUGUACAGAAGAUAAAAAAAAAUUUAUAAUUGAACAAUCUGUCUUUCUGUUCACUGAAUCUGUUGCAGGUCAUGCUCCCAUGCCCCCGUUUCUAAGCUGAUAUCAACAGGACUGGAAUGUUAGUCAUAUCAGGGGCAAGAGGUAUAAGACAGCAAAAUAGAGUGAACUCUUUUAGAGCAUCUAUAUCUGCAGUCUGUAAAUGGUAAAAUGUCUGUGUAUUUUUUUAAAUGUACCUUUUCAAUAAAAGUACAAAAAAUAAAAA